GGGCUGGGCGAGAGCGUAGAGGAGGCGCGGUUGUGAGUCGCUAUCGGGAGUGGGGAAACCUCGGGCUAGGGGAGCGCGGCGGCGGCGGCGGCGGCGGCGGCGGCCGGGCCAUAGUCGGAGCUCCGAAGGGAGUGACUAGGGAACCCGGUGGGCUGCUUUCUUUCCGGUGCUUUUGAUUUUUCUGGCCUUUUGGUCCCGGCCGAGUGUCGCCCACUGAGCAGAGAUCCCCCCGCAAAACCCGGAGCGACCCUCCCGUCAAUUGUUGGGCGCGGGAUCGCCAGUGCCCCGAGCGCGGACCGAGCGCGCCGGCCGCGAAGGCAAAGAGAGCGGAGCCGGCCGCGGGCGGGGGCCCGGAGCUUGCCUGCCUCCCUCGCUCGCCCCAGCAGGUCCGCUCGCGCAGGGCGUAGGGCGCGCGCGAUGAAGGCGGUGAGCCCGGUGCGCCCCUCGGGCCGCAAGGCGCCGUCGGGCUGCGGCGGCGGGGAGCUGGCGCUGCGCUGCCUGGCCGAGCACGGCCACAGCCUGGGCGGCUCGGCGGCUGCGGCGGCCGCGGCGGCGGCAGCGCGCUGCAAGGCGGCCGAGGCGGCGGCCGAUGAGCCGGCGCUGUGCCUGCAGUGCGAUAUGAACGACUGCUACAGCCGCCUGCGGAGGCUAGUGCCCACCAUCCCGCCCAACAAGAAAGUCAGCAAAGUGGAGAUCCUGCAGCACGUUAUCGACUACAUCCUGGACCUGCAGCUGGCGCUGGAGACGCACCCGGCUCUGCUGAGGCAGCCGCCACCACCGGCACCGCCGCACCACCCGGCCGGGACCUGUCCCUCCGCGCCGCCGCGAACCCCGCUCACAGCGCUCAACACCGACCCGGCCGGCGCUGUGAACAAGCAGGGCGACAGCAUUCUGUGCCGCUGAGCCGCGCUGUCCAGGUGUGCGGCCGCCUGAGCCCGAGCCAGGAGCGCUAGAGAGGGAGGGGGAAGAGCAGAAGUUAGAGAGAGAGCCACCGGAGGAAAGGAAAAAACAUCAGCAAAUCCUAGAAACGUUUCAUUCGUCAUUCCAAGAGAGAGGGAGAGGAAAGAAAAAACUUUCAUCCUUUUUUUUUUUUUUUUUGCACGUUCAUAAACAUUCUACAUACGUAUUCUCUUUUGUCUUUUCAUUUAUAACCGCUGUGAAUUGUACAUUUCUGUGUUUUUUGGAGGUGCAGUAAAACUUUUAAGCUUAAGUGUGACAGGACUGAUAAAUAGAAGAUCGAGUAAAUCCGACUUUAGAAGCCUACUUGGUGACCAAGGAGCUCCAUUUUUGUUUUGAAGCUUUACUAAUAUACCAGAGCAUUGUAGAUAUUUUUUUUUGACAUCUAUUGUUUAAAAUAGAUGAUUAUAAUGGGGCAGGGAAUUUUCUUUUCCCUGCAAGAAUGUUACAUAUUGUAUAGAUAACUGAGUGACAUUUCAGACCAUGUAUAUAUAGAGAUGUUCUAUAAGUGUGAGAAAGUAUACGCUUUAAUAGACUACUGUAAUUAUAAGAUAUUUUUAAUUAAAUAUUUUUUUGUAAAUAUUAUGUGUGUGUUUUUUUAAUCUAUGGGAAUAUUUCUUUUGGAAAAUUAUUUUUCAGCUCAAUUGCAGAGCUCUUGAUAUCCUGAAUGUCUUUUCUUUGGCCUGGCUUCGAAUUUGUUUUUGUUUUGCUCAGUGUCGUGUAGACUGGGAAGUAACAGUUAUGGCUAGUGGUCCUGCAUGACUGCAUGAGAUGUUUAAUCACAAAAUAAACUUGUUCUGAGUCCAUUCAAAUGUGUUUUCUUUAACCUGGAUUGAAAUCUUUGUAUUUGAAGUAUACAUGUUGAAAAUAGACUUUAUCAGUUUUUAAGCACAGGGUUUGAUAGUGUAAUAUAAAAAGACUAAGUGUUUGUUUUUCGUUUUUUAACUGAGGUCUAAAUGGAUUCUGAAUGAUUUUGCAUAUGGGUCGGGGAAAUGCUUGGACCCUUAAAGAGUUUAUGAAAUCUACUGUUUCAUCAAAGUGAAAAAAAGAUGCUUAUCAUUCUUCUUUCUACACUAAGGUUUAAUGUCACUAAGUUUCAUGUCUGUACAGAUUAUUUAAAUCAUAGAAAUGAAAAAUGUUCUCUGCUUGCUACCAAAGGACAAACUCUUGGAAAUGAACACUUUCUGCUUUCCUUCCUCCAAAGAAUAUUAAUAAGCAACAGUGGGAGAAAAAAAUUAAAAGGCAUAAUGGCAAAUCCUUCAAGCAGGGAUAAAAGUCGAUCUUCAAAUGUUAACUUAAGUAGACCAAAAAUUCUGAUGACCGCAUCUAGAUUAUUUUUUUAUAAAAAUGAUUUUCACUAUAGCUAUCUUAGUUAAUUGCUAAACUACUGUCCAAUCUCUUGUGAUGUGUAACUUUUACAUGUGAAUAUUAAAGUAGAUUUAUCUGUCUUGUACUGUGA